GCACUGACCUUAAAUUCACUUCCCCUUUCCAACCUCGCGCCGCGACUUCAGCCAUCUCUUUCUCCUGCCUCUGCUGCGGUGCUUCGCAACAGAUACCAUCACAACUCCCGCUGACAAUCCGGGUCAUCGCACGAGUUGAUUAAUUAAUCCUUUCAUUUUUUUCGCCUUUUCAGUGUAUCAAAAUGGAGGAAGAAGUUGCUGCCCUCGUUAUCGACAAUGGCUCCGGCAUGUGCAAGGCCGGUUUCGCCGGUGAUGACGCGCCCCGUGCCGUUUUCCCGUCCAUUGUCGGCCGUCCCCGCCACCAUGGCAUCAUGAUCGGUAUGGGGCAGAAGGACUCAUAUGUCGGUGAUGAGGCGCAGUCCAAGCGUGGUAUCCUGACGCUUCGCUACCCCAUCGAACACGGUGUCGUCACCAACUGGGACGACAUGGAGAAGAUCUGGCACCACACCUUCUACAACGAGCUCCGUGUCGCCCCCGAGGAGCACCCCGUGCUGCUCACCGAGGCGCCCAUCAACCCCAAGAGCAACCGCGAGAAGAUGACCCAGAUCGUCUUCGAGACGUUCAACGCUCCUGCCUUCUACGUCUCCAUCCAGGCCGUCCUGUCGCUGUACGCCUCCGGUCGUACCACCGGUAUCGUGCUCGACUCUGGUGAUGGUGUUACCCACGUGGUGCCCAUCUACGAGGGUUUCUCGCUCCCGCACGCCAUUGCCCGUGUCGACAUGGCGGGCCGUGACCUGACGGACUACCUGAUGAAGAUCCUGGCUGAGCGCGGCUACACCUUCUCGACCACGGCCGAGCGUGAAAUUGUCCGUGACAUCAAGGAGAAGCUCUGCUACGUCGCCCUCGACUUCGAGCAGGAGAUCCAGACGGCGGCCCAGAGCUCCAGCCUGGAGAAGUCGUACGAGCUCCCCGACGGCCAGGUCAUCACGAUCGGCAACGAGCGCUUCCGUGCUCCUGAGGCUCUCUUCCAGCCCUCUGUCCUCGGCCUCGAGAGCGGCGGUAUCCACGUCACCACCUUCAACUCGAUCAUGAAGUGCGAUGUCGAUGUCAGGAAGGACCUCUACGGCAACAUUGUCAUGUCUGGUGGUACCACCAUGUACCCUGGUCUCUCGGACCGUAUGCAGAAGGAGAUUACUGCUCUUGCUCCUUCGUCGAUGAAGGUCAAGAUCAUUGCUCCUCCCGAGCGCAAGUACUCGGUCUGGAUCGGUGGUUCCAUUCUCGCGUCCCUGUCGACCUUCCAGCAGAUGUGGAUCUCGAAGCAGGAGUACGACGAGAGCGGCCCCUCGAUCGUGCACCGCAAGUGCUUCUAAGCGCAGGACUCGGGCAGCUUUCCGGAUCGUCGCGAGGCAGGGCUGGCCGCGCCACGGGAAACCUCGGCGUCGCGCAUGUAUCUCCCGGGCGAGUCUCAUAUCCUAAAAAAGUUCUGACGCUGGUCGGGGAUUGGUGGGCAUUUAGCAUUCUCCGUUGGGCACAUGUGGACGCACGGGGGUUGUUCUUUCCUGGGCGAGGGGGCGCGUGCGUGAGUCGGCGCGGACAAGUAGGCCAAGCUUGAUGAUAGAUUCUGUUACUGUGCCAGCAGUGAUUUUCCUCGUUCGUAAUUGGCCAAUAUUGGGAUUCUUGCGUUAGAGAGCCUUUUUGUUCCUGGCGAAUGGUUUAUUGAGGGCUCUUUCUCUUGCACUUUUUGUGAGCCAUUCAGUUCCGGUGAAGCUCUGUUCCCCAUCUGUUGUGCAGCUCCGUUUUCCCUUGAAUAUGGAUCAGACCUUGUUCUCUUUGGUAUUACCGCGUUCUAUCCCUUGCCCUUUCUCUGAAUCAGGUGCAGGCGGCGCUUGAGUCCCGGCCUGUACCUCCUUCUUCUCCUCCUCCCUGUCCUCAGACAUAUCUUCCCACUCCUCUUCCUCCGCUUCUUGCUCCUCCUCUUCUCCCGCUUCUUCGGCUUUCGAGCCCUCUUUCCCCUGAGCAGCAGCCAGCUUGCGAUACUUGCGCCUCGCCUUCUUGGCCCUGCUCGCCGCGCGCUUCUUCUUCACCUCGGACACGAUGGCGGCGCGGGACUGCGGGCCGUUGACGAGCUCGUCGAGCUUGAGCGCCAGCAGCUGGCGCGCAAUCUUUCGGUUCUGCUCGCGCGAGCGGGUCGCUUGGGACUUGACCACGAUGCCCGUCGGAAUGUGCUUGAGCUGGACGGCCGAGUUGGUUUUGUUCUGCUCUCCUCUCUCCCACCCCACUCCUCAACCUCAUGGUUGGAGGAGGCGGUCAGGUGUCAGUCACAUUAGGUUUUUUUUCUCUUUCUUUUCUUUAAUCUUUUGUCCGCCGGGACCGCUGCCCUUGAGAAAGGACUCCUCGAUCUCGGACUCGGGCGGGGGUUUGGGGCGCGGAGGGAGCUGUUUCUUUUUGAGUGCUGCCGUCGUGGAGAAGGCGCGCCUCAGCUCGGGGAUUGGAAUUGGGGCCGGGCGGCCAUGGUUGCUUCGUAGGAGGCCUGCGUGGCGGAAGAGGACAGGCAGACCGCAAAGACGCC